UACAGUUCCUGUUUGGCGACCCGUCGCCACAAGAGAGGUUUCGUUUAGCGUUAUCGGAAAUUUGGGCCUAAAAACCCAUUAAUUUAUCCGUUUUCCCGCAGCUGGAGAGCGGAUAACGCUCUGUGGGGCGCAAAAGUUCCCACAAAAAGGGGAAAAAACACCUUUUCCGGGGUUAAUCCCCCGCUUUUUGCGCGCCAACCUUCUUACUUAAUCUUCUCGGAGACAUUUUGGAUUUGGUGUCUCUUGUUUUUUUUUCUCGGUUUGUUUUGUGGUCAAGAUGUCGCCGUAAUGGAGUAUCCGGGUUCGACAGACAUGAGCAAGGGCCUUCGUAGCCUGACCCGCACCUCUUAUAACAGCCCGCUUUUUUCAUUUCUUGUCCCGUUUAAUGCUAGAGAGCUCGGCUGCUCUCUCCCCGGAGCUCGGCCUCAGUCCUUCGCCCAGAGACAUGGAGAAAAACCCGAACGCCAGCACCAAGGUCCCGCCCCGUUCCAGCUCCACAGGACCGGCGCCAGCAGAUUCUAAAACCAAAACAGAUGCAAAGAAUAAUGGCAGCUCCAAGCGCUACAACCGUAAGCGGGAGCCUGCCUUCCCCAAAGCAGAGAGUUUUCCAGGCCCCCGUCGCACCCACCCACAGAAAGGCAAGAAUUUCGACAAGAGACCCCCCCAGAGAGGCGGAGGAGGCGGUAGACAGGGUGGGCUCGUGGGCGGUGGGAGAAGAGAAGAGGUAGCCGAGACGCGCCGGGCCGAGUUCAGCCCGGCUCAGUUUUCUGGACCCAAAAAGAUCAGUCUGAACCACUUGCUCAAUUUUACCUUUGAGCCGCGUGGAGGCCAUUUCGGCUCGGGAGGCGACGGGCAUUCGUGCUGGGGUCGCCGCAACAAGUGGGGCCACAAACACAAGCCCUUCAACAAGGAGCUGUUUCUGCAGGCCAACUGCCAGUUUGUGGUGAUUGAUGACCAGGAUUAUCAAGCUCACUUCACUGACCCCGACACGCUGGUCAGCUGGGACUGUGUGCAGCAGGUGCGCAUCUACAGCCACGAGGUGCCGUCAUGUCCGAUCUGCCUGUACCCUCCGGUGGCAGCCCACAUCACUCGCUGUGGCCACAUCUACUGCUGGCCCUGCAUGCUGCACUACCUGUCUCUGAGCGAGAAAACCUGGUCCAAGUGUCCCAUCUGCUACGAGGCCGUGCACAGCGCAGACCUCAAGAGCGUUGUCGCUAUGGAGACGCGUCAGUACGUGCCUGGUGAUGUCAUCACCAUGCGUCUGAUGCGCAGGGAGAAAGGCGUGUUGGUGGCUCUGCCCAGCUCCCAGUGGGUUAAAGUGGAGGAGCCCAUUCGCUUUGGAGAUGUGCGUCUGAGCUCUUAUUCCAAGCUGCUGCUGGCGUCUCAGGAUCAGGUUCUGGGUCUGCUAGCGGAGGAGAGAGCGGCACUGCAGGCUCAGCUGAAGCAGGAACAGGACGACCCGCAAGCCUGCUUCAUACAGAGCGCCUUACUGCAGCUGCAGGAGCGAGAAGACAGCCUGCUGAAGCGGAACGUUCCGGAUAAAGGAGGUGUGGAGGGUGCAGACAUGAGGAAGCUCUCUCUGACUGACUCGACUGCCGCUGAGGUGGCGGUCAACAAGCUCACCAGCUCCAAGCCCAUUCUGCAGUACGCUUCAGCCUUCGAUGAUGAGAUUCAGGAGACCGCUGAAGAGCUUCCCGAGGUCUCGCCCGAACAGGAAGUGGCCGAGGUGGCCGAGCAGGUGCCGGAUGGACCCGGAGAGGAAACCCUUACUAACGAGGCUGAGCCACAGCAGAACUCUCAGCACGGUCCAUACUACUACUUCUACCAAGCGGAGGACGGGCAGCAGAUGUUCCUGCACCCGGUGAACGUGCGCUGCUUGCUGAGGGAGUACGGCAGCCUGGAGAACAGCCCUCAGUCCAUCAGCGCGACCGUAGUGGAGAUCGAGGGUCACGCGGUUACCGAGGACGUUCGUCGUCGGCACCGUUACCUCUCUCACCUGCCCCUCACCUGCGAGUUCAGCAUCUGCGAGCUCAACCUCCAGCCACCUGUCCUCUCCAAGGAGACGCUGGACAGCUUCUCAGAUGAUCUGGAGCGCAGGAGGCGCGCGAGGCAGAAGAAAGCGAGGGAUGAGAAGAGGAGGGAGAAAAGGAUCGAGAUGGAGGAGAACAGGAAACAGGGGAAAUACCCAGAGGUGCACAUUGGACUGGAGAACCUGCAGCAUUUCCCAGCGUUUGGUUCUCCUCCUCAUCACAGCCCUCCAGGACUGAACCCCGAGUUCCUGCUAGGACCUCCGUCUCCUCUGAGCAGCAGCCCUGUCUCGGACGUUACGAUGUUCCCCAGUCUAAACGGGAACAGUCCGUCCUUCAGCGUAGGCACCGUGGAGGAAGACUCGCCCUGCAUGUCCUUCGCACAGAUGCUGAGAGAUGGAAAAGCCCGAGCAGAUGUCUGGCCCAAACUUCCUCCAAAGAAAGAUGGGUUCCUGGCUCCUCCGGUGGCUGACAGUGAUGGGGAGAGUGACGGAUCGGACCGUGUGCCGGUUCCCAGCUUCCAGAACUCCUUCAGUCAGGCGGUUGAAGCAGCGCUGCUGCAACUGGACCACAAACCACCAGCCAAGGCUGAAGCUCCGCCCACCACUGAUGAGAAAGGAGGAAAGAAGAAGAAGAAAAAGCAGAAACUUCUCUUCAGCACCUCUAUGGUUCACACAAAGUAAACACGACUACAGAUCACACUUUGACUCCUCCCUCUUUUUUCUCCCCCUUAUUCUUUCAUUUUCGUCCUGUCCUGUCCUGUAGAGUGUUAGCUUAGUCUCAGCGACUAGCCACGAGUCGUUAAUGAACUGAAAUUAGACCCAGUAUUGCGAACACGUCGCUAUAGCCAAUAGACUUGGUAUUGAGUUAAGGAUCGUGAAGCGUUGAGCAUUGAGCUGUAAACAACACCAGUUUUAUUUUAAUUCUGUUCAGCGAUUUAAAUCAAAAGUGGGUGAUGUGAAAAUAAAAAAUAUUAUAGUGUGAUGCACGUCACGUAUGUUUAGUUUCUCAGCACAUGAAAUUAAUUUAAAUUGUACGAAAAACGACCUUACAGUGAGUUGUCGAUGCGCUGAUCUCCAUCUUGUAGUCAUAUCGCCCAGCUCUGUUAGCGCUUCCUCGAGAUAAUUUCCCAAUUUCACAAACGUAGCUUGCGAUAUUAACAUAAUAAUAGCUUGUAAUAUUAAAAUAAAAUGUAUUCCGGGGUUCAGCGAUGACGUUUGAGGGUUUAAAACGUCAGCAGUCAGCCAGCUGCUGAAUCACACAUCCUUCACGUCAUCGCUGAUCCCCUGACGCUUUCAGAGUGAAGACGCUCGUGGGCAGGGGUAAUUUUUGUCCACUUCAAAGUACACAGUGCAAUCGCUACUCAUUUCCCUUCUGCCUCCCCCCCCCCCCCCCCCUUCUCUUCACAGCUCGAUAAAAGCACUUUGUAUUUUCCGCAUAUUCAUCAGCUUUACGUGUAAAACGUGACCUCACCCACGUGUACACGCCGCUUCAUCCGGUUUUUACUAACACGUGAUAAACCUGAGUUUGCUCUCGGAUGUUUAACUGCUGGAAUUGAGCAGGAGUUUGAAGCUUCAGUGAGGAGCUUUGAGGAAAAAAGAGAGAAAAAUGUUUUUUGUUUAGUUUUCUUCCUUUUUUUUUUUUUUUUUUUUUCUUUCUUUUUUCUCGAUUCCUUAGUGGGGAUCUGUGAUUAUAAACCUGCAUAUUGAUUUAAAGAAUAAAGAGUUAUUAUGCACCGCC